AAAUGUGACAAGCUACACAAUCGAAGAAAGUAGUAAAUUACGUGAAAUGAAAGAAUUGCCAACACCAUUUUAGGCAAUUCCUUCUUUAGAUGGGUAACCUUCCACAAUCUGGCCUUCUCACAAUCUUAUCAUUUGGUUAUACUCCGUAAAACAGUUCCUAAUUAUACCAUCCACCAAAACAUUUUACUCUACAAAUUACUUUUUUUUUUGAAAGGUUACUCUAUUAAUUACGGAGUACUUAAAAGUUAAAAAACAGAAUCUCGAUAAAUAGAAAUUCUUGAGAAUUUCCAAAAAAAAAUUAAAAACUACGAAUCAAAAAAACAAAAAACAGAAAAAAGGAUCACACGUGACGAAAGCUGAUCCUAGCUAAUGCUCUCUGCUCCACACUCACUUCCCUUGUCUCUCCCUUUGUCUUUUUCAUCCCAUCAUAAAUUCAUAAUCUUACUUCUCUCAAUAUUUAUACCCCUCACUUCCACUCUAAACUUCAGAUUUUCAUUUUUGUAACCUAAAAAUUACAAAAUUAAAAAUAAAAUAAAAUGGGGUUGCUAAAUACUUAUCCAAUUAUGUCGAUAAUCAUGUUGUUGUUAAUGGGUAUCUGCCACGUGUCCUCAUCGGUGUCGCCGGAGAAGAAGACAUUCAUUGUCCACGUGGAGAAGUCAAGAAUGCCGGCAACCUUUGACCAGCAUUUAGAGCGGUUUCAGUCAUCUCUCCGACAGGUUUCCGACACGGCGGAGAUGAUGUACACGUACACAAACGCUGCUCACGGAUACGCGACAAGGCUGACCGACGCGGAAGCAGAGUCACUCUCUUCCCUGCCCGGAGUUCUGUCGGUGCUGCCCGAGACACGUUACGAGUUACACACGACUCGAACACCGUCAUUCCUCGGACUCGACAGAACUCCGGACGCUGUUCUUGAUUCGGAGACAGCAAGUGACGUCAUUGUCGGGGUGUUAGACACGGGAGUAUGGCCGGAGAGUAAGAGCUUCGACGAUAAAGGAAUGGGUCCCGUGCCAAGCACGUGGCGUGGCGCGUGUAUGACAGGGAUGAAUUUCAGCGCGUCUAGUUGUAACCGGAAGCUCAUCGGCGCACAGUACUUUUCUCAAGGGUAUGAGGCUGUUGUGGGGUCGUUUGAUGGGUCACGUGAGUCGAAGUCCCCACGUGACGAUGAUGGUCAUGGGACCCAUACGGCAAGUACUGCAGCUGGAUCCUCUGUGGAAGGAGCUAGCCUCUUUGGGUACGCUCCUGGCACGGCUAGAGGUAUGGCCCCUAGAGCCAGAGUAGCUGUCUACAAGGUGUGCUGGAAAGGAGGAUGUUUCAGUUCGGAUAUAUUAAAGGCAAUUGAUAAGGCGAUUGAGGAUAAUGUCAAUGUGCUAUCACUUUCACUAGGCGGGGGUAUGUCGGAUUACUAUAAAGAUAGUGUGGCCAUUGGUGCGUUUGCAGCAAUGCAACGGGGGAUUUUGGUGUCGUGCUCGGCAGGGAAUGCAGGGCCUACUGCCUUUAGCUUGUCGAAUGUAGCACCGUGGAUUACUACCGUGGGGGCUGGUACAUUGGAUCGGGACUUCCCGGCUGUUGCUAGCCUUAGUAAUGGGAAGAAAUACUUUGGAGUUUCGCUCUUCCGUGGUGCAUCCUUGCCUAAAAGCAUGGUUCCAAUUGUCUAUGCAGGAAAUGCGAGCAAAAGCGGCAGUUUAUGUAUGACUGGAUCAUUAAUUCCGGAGAAGGUGAAAGAUAAGAUUGUCUUGUGUGAUCGUGGGGUGAAUGCGAGGGUACAGAAGGGUGCGGUGGUCAAAGCAGCUGGUGGUAUUGGUAUGAUUUUAGCGAAUACCGAGGCAAAUGGGGAGGAGUUAGUUGCUGAUGCACAUUUAUUGCCAGCCACAACGGUGGGCCAGAAGAAUGGAGAUGCAAUAAGGGACUAUGUGAUCUCAGACUUGAAUGCGACUGCCACCAUCCUUUUCGAGGGAACGAAAGUUGGGGUGCAACCGUCCCCUGUGGUGGCGGCCUUUAGUUCCCGUGGUCCUAAUGGGAUCACCCCUGAAAUUUUGAAGCCUGAUAUGAUCGCACCAGGUGUCAAUAUCUUAGCUGGGUGGACAGGGGCUGUGGGGCCCACCGGAGAGGCUUCUGACUCGAGGCGAGUUGAGUUUAACAUUAUCUCAGGGACAUCGAUGUCUUGCCCUCAUGUAAGCGGCCUUGCAGGGUUUUUGAAGGGAGUGCACCCUGAUUGGAGCCCUGCAGCCAUUAAAUCUGCUUUGAUGACUACAGCUUAUGUUACCUACAAAAACGGGCAGAUACUGCAGGAUGUUGCUACUGGGAAGCCGUCCACACCACUGGAUCAUGGGGCUGGACACGUCGAUCCUGUAUCUGCCCUGAAUCCUGGUCUCGUGUAUGAUCUCACAGUCGACGAUUACUUGGGUUUUCUUUGUGCAUUGAAGUACACCCCAUCACAAAUAAACUUAGUUGCUAGGAGAAGUUUCACCUGUGACAGUGCUAAGACUUACAGCAUAUCAGAUUUCAAUUACCCUUCAUUUGCAGUCUCCUUUAAAACAGGCCCAACAACUCACGCAGCCGGAAGUCCAAGCAGUGGACCCACCGUGGUGAAGCACACACGAACCUUGACCAAUGUUGGCCCUCCCGGCUCAUAUCAGGUUACCGUUACUUCACAGGCACCAGAGGUUAAGAUAUCAGUGGAGCCAGAAAUUCUGAGCUUCAGUAAGAUGAAUGAUAAGAAAUCAUACACUGUAACUUUUUCUGCCGGAUCAAUGCCUUCAGAUACAAUGAGAUUUUCUAGGAUUGAUUGGGCGGAUGGUAAGCAUGUAGUUGCUAGCCCGAUUGCAUUUAGCUGGUCGUGAUAAUAAAGCUUCUUACAACGAAAGGAAAAUGCAGUUGGCCUUGGUGAUUUCAGGUUAAGUCAAUGCUCACUAUGUUCGAGUAUAGUACGUAGAGAUUUAUAAUGUUUGCUUCUCAGGAAUAUGUGCAACAAGUAGCAUCACAUUACCACGGAAUUGAACAGUCAGUUAACAUUCAGGUGGUGCUGCCUCCGAAAUUCGGGUAUGAGGCCAUGGUUAGAGACCUACCAAAGCCCUGAGAUUAAGGCUCCCCCAUUAGUCUAUUAGUCUAUUAUUUUACUUUGAAAAAAAAGACAUUUGAAUUGUUGUGCCACUGAAGAGUGGAAAAAAAAAUCAUGUACUGUUCUUCAAGAUAAGAACAGGACAAAAUAAUCAUGUACUUGCAUCCAAUGUUCUAUUGUUCAAUGAUUUUUAUCCAAAGAGAAAUUAUUAAUCAAGAGUUCAUUUUUACAGGGUGGCA